GAACCUAUAAAAUUUAAAUCCUAGAUUCUUGUAUGAGCUUGCUUACAUUGCUGACCCCAAACCCGAGCUCCCAGCUAAUAUAAAACUUAUCAAAUUCAUGAUGAAUCCUCAUAUUUAAGAAUAAAAAAUUAAAAACUGAAGAUUUCUCCCUAAUUAUCAUUUUAUGUGCAGACCCCCUUUUUGAUUCUUGAAAGGUAUGCAGACUAAAUCUUUAUGAAUAGGAAAGUGUAAUGCUGAAGGCCAACUAAUGAACUUCUCAUGUUUACUUUUUUUCAUUUGGACUUAGGAAUUCCCUUUUUCCCUUUACCUUUUUUGCUUGCAGCAAUUCUCUGCUUCCUUUAAAUAAUGAAUAUGGCAGAUUCUCCAAUCAUCUCCUCCACUCUGUAGGAAACACACAUAAUUGCCCCCAACAACCAAUCCUUUUCACUAUAUAGACUCCUAUUUCCUAACCCCCUUAAGCUACUCACUUCCUUAUUUCACCUUCUUUAAUAUAAAUUCACUUAUAUCCAUCACCUUUUCUUCUCUUCUAACUUACCAUCUUUUUUUUUUUUAUAAUCUUCAUAAUGAAUCAUUCUUCAUCUACAACUUCUGUGAAUGGAUUUUACAACUUCCUCACUAGAGGACUUGACAAUCUUGAUCACUUGUUCCUCUCACAGAACUUCAUGUCUUUCCAUUUUCUUCAACAUGUUUUGUCAUCUCUAAGGUCUUUUCAUUCCCAGUUGACAUUUCUGGUCCAAAAGUUACAUUUGCCUGUUGGAGAGAAAUGGCUUGAUGAGUACAUGGAUGAAAGUUCAAGACUUUGGGAAGCUUGCCAUGUUCUCAAAUCAGCAAUCUCCAGCAUGGAGAAUUAUUACACUGCUGGUGCCAAUUUAGCUUCUUCUCUUGAUGAUCACCACAUUUUAAAUCCCCUGCUUUCCCGCCAGGUUAUUCGGGCAAUAAAUCGCUGUCAGCGAGAAAUAGUAGCACUUGAAGAAGAAAACAAGAACCUAAUGGAAACAAGAAUGGAAGAUUUAUCAUUGAGAUUCGACGAAAAUGUUCUUAUAGGAUCAAAAUUCAAUGGAUUCAGUGGUUUCAGAGGAGUGCUUUAUGCAAUGAAGAAUGUUAGCUCAUUGCUUUUGGUCAUUCUGCUAAGUGGACUUGUAUAUUGUUGGCCACAAACAAGUUUUUACCAAAAUAAUGGCCCUGAAGGGAAUAUGGGUUUUGGUUCAUCUUUUAUGGUUUCAACUUCAAGAUUGCAUCAGAGAGUAGUAGCAGAGGUGAACCAGGCGGAAGGGCAGCUGCCCGGGAUCCUUCUUUUUGAGUAUCGAAGAGCAAGAGUAGCCAUGGCUGAGUUGAAAAUUGAACUAGAAAGAGCUAAAGAGUGUGGAUUAGUAUUAUCACAAGUUGAUAUCAAUGACAAGAUUGAAAAUUUGAAAGAUUGCUUUGGAAUGUUGAAGUGUGGGGCAGAAAGCAUCAUUGGCCAACUUGAUGACUUCUUUGAUGAACUAGUAGAAGGAAGAAAGAAACUUUUGGACAUGUGCACUCAUAGGUAAAAUCACAAAGAAAAAAAGGGAGAAAUAUUUGUGCAACCAUAUCCUUAGAGAUGGUAGAAUUGUAAGAAUAACUUAGUGGGAUAGUCUUUUUUUUUUUUUUCUUCUCUUUUUUUAGAUCCUAAAUGUCAUUUCUUAUUUCUAUUUUGCAGCUAAGUUUAGUGUUGAAGACUUUAGGAGGAAGUUUUCUUUGUCAAGUAAUGCAUUAAUAUUAUCCUGAAGGAAAAAAAAAACAAGAA